UUAGUCGCUGCCAUCAUGCAUCUUUGUACGGCGUAGCUUGAGGAAAUGAGUCAACGCCGGCAAGAGUCACGUGUAGCCCGUAUUGAGGUUUAUGACUCGCACCUUCCUCAUCUAUAUAUUCAGCACUCUCCUUCGUGCAAGUCCGGACUCCAUAACAGUCACAGCUUCUGGCCAACUGCCUAGUAUUUAUUCGCCUUCAAGUCUGGUAGUUUUCAAUAUCAUUUGCCUGCAUCUUCUCCAUCUUUGACUUCCUCCCUCACGAAUAUUAACACCAUCGCCUCGACUCUGGCACUGGUUUUGACCCUUGCGAUCUCUCAAAGAGUCGUCUCCGCUCUCGUCGGAGACUGAUCUUCCAUCUACAAUCAUGGAGCGGGUUACUAAGGUCUUCUUCGACCCUCUUGCAACUACCAAAGUCCAGAUCCGAGCGCUGCUUGAGAAGCUUCCAGUCGGAUCUGCACAUCCAUUCAGCCCAGAGCGUCGCCUCCUCUGUCGAACAGCUACAGGAAUCAAUGAAAUCGAUAUUUCAUCUUACUCGGAGAACCAUUUCUUCAAUGCGGUGGACUUGGGUGAGCUGGGGCAAACGCUCCAGACCCGCAUGACCAAGUUUGCAGGCCAGCUUCGUGUCUUCAACGCCGAAUACACAGUCCAGCAAGCCCCAACUUCCACCUUCAAAGUCCCAAUCGAGAAAGACAACAUUGCUAUCCUCGCCGUCUCGGAACGCUACCCAACUUACUAUGAUUUGUGCGUGGCAAAUGCAGCUUGCAAGACAUCUUGUUACGGCGCUAGGGCUACUUUUUCUGGCAUGGCACAUAGCGGAGAUAUCAAUGAAGGAACUGAUCUUCUUCAUUACAUUAAGAUUGAUCAGCGGCUAGAGGCUGGAAAGGAGUUUGCGGUCUUUGUAUCCGGGUUUCAAUGCACCAAAUUAACCCGGUUCCGAGAACGCAACCCAGUGGUGAUGAUUGCCAAUCACACUGAGAAGGCUCUGUAUAUCGUACCAGUGCCACUUGACGCAGCCUCUAUCGGAGAAGCCACGAUCUGUUCUGCAGUAGUAUUCAAACGUGAAAGAGACGCUCUCAUCUGUUCCAUACUGCCAACUCCUACCACCGAUCUGGGGAAGAUGUGCUCAGGCGGGUCCUUGCAGAGCACAUCUUUUGGUGCGGCUAUCGCGCGUGCCGACUGGACGAUUUCUGCACCUGCUCUGCCGUCGACAACCGAUCUUGCCGACGCAAUUUCAAAACCCACUCCUACCCCAAAAGGUGCAUUGGCGUCGAACAAGCGAGACGUGGUUUUUGUCACUCAAAUGACAACACUUCCUUCUGUCAUUACACCAAUAACGACGCAGAUCAUUCGAUUUGGAAAAGGGCUAGAGUUUCUCCUUGAAACAGAAGCACUUACCCCAGAUAAAAGCCCAUCUGCAGUGGUACUACCAUGCAUGUUCGGCUCCCAACUAGAGGGACCGCUGCUGCUGGCAACAGGAAAGACACCCAAAAAUAUACCUUUCCAUAACGAAGAAGCUUUGCGGGCAUAUUACGAGAACUUCAAAAGUGUUGUCGUGUUUGUUGACGAACGUAUGACAGACAAUGCCAGAAACCUAGCGACACCUUGGAGGAUCAACGCCGUCUUUGUCAUCCAGACGAAGCAGGCAGCACCUUCUGACGAUGGAGAUGUCAAAGCAUCGCUAGACCUUGUCAACGUCAAUGCCGUCACUGCUCUUUCGGGUCCCCAGUCCUUGGUGUUGGUGGAAACCUCUGGGAAGUUUUACUUCUACAGGGGCAUUGCCAACCGGACGCAUUUCAACACUUCAAACUUGGCUUUUGGUACAGAUGUGACAUCUAUCGUGGAGUCCACCGGACUGGGAUCUUUGUUAGACCCAAGAGUCAAGCGAAUGGUCAACCUCCGCGAGCCAAACACUGUCCUUCUUCCAAACUUGGGCCAGAAAGCUCAGCCAGAAGAUCUCAAAGCCCUGUUCGAAAAGCUCUCUCUCGAUCAAGUGCAAUGUCUAGAGCACGACAUCUCGGCCGCUGUCCCACAACUGCAGGUCCUGUUGAGCCAAAAAGAUCUGAUGGUUCUUUCCCGAGCGUUAAUAUCAAUUCUGUCGAAGAAAUUCGAAGAAGGGAUGGCUCCUUUGAGGGCAGCAUAUAUCAAGUUUUUGACUAAAGCAUUCCAGAUGACGGAUCCUGAGUCGGUCAAAAAGAAAAACCAGAUGCUCAGCGAAUUUAGAAAGGAGACGAAAGGAGUUCAAAAAGCCCUCGAGUCAAUCAUCUCCCACUUGAGCAACAUGAUGUCUUCCCAAACCACCUCAAAGCGGACACAUGACCUCCAACGCCUGCAGCGCCAAGCUGCAAUUCAAAACAAUGUUGAGUCUGUCAAAUCCAUGACGUUCGAAACGUUGGCAGGACUCUUGGAGACGAAAGCGUCUGAAAUGGGUGUCUUGUUUCUCAACAUCAAAACCACGCCUUACAAGCAACUCCUAGGAAACUUGAGAGAUACGUCAUUGGAUGCUGGCCCAUGCUGUGAUCUGGAUUCCAGAACUCUUAAUCUCGAUGGCUUUGAUGCAGGCAUUAUCCUGGAACAAUCACAAGCUGAACAUGAUGGCCCAUUGAGGCAUCAGCAUGGAGCAUCUCAUCCCACCCUUGCCGUGCCGUACCUGUCUCAAGGGAGUGGAGCUGGCUCAAAAUUAGCUUGGGUGUGCUGGGACGAAUUUGUGAACCUCAAGUCGCCAUUCAAAGUCCGAUGGAUGGAAAAGUGCAAUGACGCCCACAUUGCUGCACUGCGUAUCAUGAUGAGAGAUACUCUGAGUCGAGCUGUUGCUUCGAGAGAAUAUGAUUUCCAGCCUGCAAGUCCAGAAAUUGGCCAGUUGAUGAGCGCUUUGUUGAUGGCUGCGAUGUCCAAACUCGCUGCUAUGAGAACUACGGCUCCAACACGUACAGUCAAAGCCGAAGAUACUAUCACGAAGCUGAUGCGCGGACUAUUCGGUAACCUUCUGACAACGGCAGGCUCCGGAGUACGACCAUUGAGUAUGGUAUGGCAACUUUUUGGGCUCGAGCCUAAACUCGAGGUUCCUUCGACAGCUGUCGCUUGGAGCUGGUACGAAUUUGUGGUCAAACUGUAUCCUUUCAGUGGAUGGCCUGAGGCGCAAUUCAAGCUCAAUUUGGAGAAGCUGCUCGAAAAAGCUCUUCUUGCCGUCAUCACGAAGAAUGAGAAUACCGAAAAGAUCAAGGCAUCUCGAAUGGAUUGGAUGGUAAAAUACUGCCAGCUUCGGAACAUUCAACUAGAGCAUUCCCGAACGUUCGUCACCAUCUUUAUUCGCCUGAUGAAUGUGGAAAACGAGACCGAACGAAUGGAAAUCGCAACUCGUCUCCUGGCUGCUCUUCCACCUCGUCUCGAGAAACAGUCUCAAUCUUACACGAGCAUGAUGCGGUACAUCAAAUACAUUGCCUCGACUGGCCAACGCCGUGAAGGUCAUGACAUUGUUGUCGUUAGCGUCUAUCUUAAGCGGUCUGCAGUAUUCAAAAGCCUCAAACAAGCGGUUGCAAGUGCAUGCAAAGCCGAAAACUACGCCGAAAUCAAGAAACACUGCCAAGCGCUGAUGGAUAAGUUCCAGGAAAUUGCAGAAACCUGGGACUUGCAGAACGCAAAUCUUAUCAUGCAGAACGCAAAGGCCUAUCGAGGACUGCUCGACUGCAACACCGGUGAUGAUGUUGAUGAAGCAACCAAGACUCAACGCAAAGAUUUCAUGAAGCAGGUCAUCAGCGAUGCGGAGAAGUCAAGAGUCCCUUGGCAAGUCGGUAAGGAAGGAGAGUUUGGAGACGACACCGAGCCUCUCGACGAGGCGUUUCUUCAUGAAAUCAUGACUGGCGAGAAAGCACCAGUUACCGCUCUCCAACCUACUUUUGAGUCGAUGACUGUACAACAGCCACAGGGUAUGGCGCAGUUCGCUGCCCUCGUGAACGCCGAUUUCAUCACGAAGAUGGACAACGCAAUCACCCCACAGGACGUUUGUAAAAUCAUGAAUGUGCCUAUGUCGGCAAUGCGGGUCUUUGCUGAAUCUCUGAACCCUGCGUUCGAUUGGGACAAGGAUCUUGAGGUUAACUUCAAGAACAUCGUCGUUGCGCUUCUGACGGAUCGGAAGGAGAGGGAGAAACAGAAACCGAUUCGAAAGCUGUUUAACAUGGAUCAAGAGGUUUUGAUGUUGGAUAAGGGAGUUGGUGAUGGGAAGUAGAUUGUGGGUUUGUUAGUAAGUAGGAGUUCGGGAGUCGUUGUUUUAGCAUGCGUUCUUGUUGUAGGUUCAGAGUUAGAGCUCUGGGCAAUAGCGAAUUCGAGAUUAUGGAGAUUGAAGUUUGAGAUACCAGGUCUCCUUGUCGUGCCGUCGCGCUGAUUAUCUCU